AUGCCUCCGUCAGCGCCGCCCCCGGACCUGCGCGUGCUCUGCCGCAAACUCACAUCCAUCCCACCCGCGCAGCUGCCGCACGCGCUGCCCGCCCUCACGCGGCACGUCAUCCGCUGCAAGGAUGCGCUGUCGGCGCCGCACGAGCAAAAGCCCAAGGACGACGCAUCGGCGCAGGGCACCGCGGGGCUCGUCAACAAGCUCAAGACCAACAUCAGCACGCUCCUGAAUGGCCGCUCCCGCGAGGCUAGGUUCGCCGCCAUCGGCCUCGUCAAGGCCGUCGUGGACGUCGGCGGCUGGGAGAUGCUCCGAGCCUCCGAGCCUUGGGUCCGCGGCUUGCUCUCCAUCAUACAGAAGGGCGACUCCUUUGCGGCCAAAGAGCUCGCCGUCAUCACCCUCACCCGCAUCUACGCCCUCGUCCAUCCCUAUCAAACCCUCGUCAGGGAGAUUGCGACGCCCACCAUCCCGGCCUUUGCCACUGCGUGCCUCCAGCUCAUCAAGCCUCCCGCCUCCGGCUUGGCUUCAACGGCGCCCCUGUCCUUUGUCCAGACCGUUUGCGAUGCCUUCUCAACGCUCAUCCCGCUCUACGCUGCCACCUUCCGCCCCUUCGGCUCGCAAAUCAGGUCCGCCGUGAGGGUUCUGCUGGCACCCACGAGCUCUGAUGAGAUUUCGGUCCCUCACUCGCUUCAGCGGUCAGCGGGCCGACUUGCCAUUUCGCUGCACCAUGUUGCCGCCAAGUCCGGCGGCAGCGAAGAGUGGUCCAAAACAGUCGACGCCGUGCUGAAGCAGCUGCAUGCCACUGCAGACCAGGUCCUGCGCGCAGUCGACGAGUCAUGGGACGCUUCUGGUGGCUAUGGCAAGACGACCGUCGACCUUGGUGAAGAGCCCAAGGGAGGAAGCACAUCUACGGAUCAGUUACCGCCGUGGACCGGCUUGAGCGCCGGCAUCGAGCGACUCAUUGGCCUGUUCCGCCACCUCUCCGAUUGCCUCCUCUGCCCGACCAAGGGAUCUGUCACCAUCCCCCUGAGCGCAUUGAUAGAUGCCAUCUCACGAGUCUGCCUGAUAGCCCGGCAGUCGCCCAAGUCCCAGACGUGGGACCAGGCUCUCGAGACCAACGCUGCUGUCGGCAGAGACGAAAAGGAGGAACUAUGGAGCUUGAUGCCCGAGGUCCACAUCGCCGCCCUAGGCCUCGUCCAGACGAUGCUUCGCAGACUCGGCCAGGGCAUGCUGCCGUUGGUCUCGGAGGUCCUGGACCACCUAGUCCGCGUCUUCAAGUCGGGCAUGGACAUUCCCGACGUGCGCAAGAGCGGAUACGUCGUUCUUGACGGUCUUUUGACCCUUUCAGGGCAAACACUGCCAAAGUCCGCCGUCGCAUUGCUUGAGCCCCUCGUCGCCGCCUGCUGCCGAGACCUGCAGCAAGAUGCCGGCUUCCUCAAAGCCGCUAGCAAACCGGCCGCCCUGAGCAAAGACUCCAAGAAGGCCGGCGUCGCCAACGUGGAUCUCUUCCUGCAGCCGCAAGCCUCCGCGGCCGAGGAAAUUUCCGUCCUGGAGCCGGACCACAAGGCCGCCGCGGACGCCCUGCUCCCGACUCUGCUCUCCGCCCUCCCGCAGCAUCACCUCAAGCCCACCCUGCGCGGCCUUCUCGACAAGACGGCCAUCCUGACGCAGAGCCGCGACGCCAUGCUCGCCAGCGUGCUGAACCCCUUCAAGGACCAGAGGGGCCGCAUGUACCCCAGCAUUCUGCCCCAUCUGGCGCGCGCGUACCCGCACGACCAGGGCCUGGAGGUGCUGCGCAGCAACCUCCGCGUGAGCGCCGUCGCGGGAGGCAGCGACAUGCUGGCGUCUGUGGACGAGGUCGAGCAGGAAGAGAACGAGGACGACGCUGACCAACCCAUGGCCGAUGCCGAGGCCGAGGAAAGCGAGGAACCCGAAUCAUCGUCAGGCAAUGGAGUCCACGCCGCUGGGAUCCUGCCGUCUGCGCCGCAAGUCGAAAUCGACCUGCCGGUGCAGAGCAACCCCUUUGAGCCAAACACUGAGAGAGCAUCCCGAGCCGAGUCGCCACCCAAGCGCAAGCACGAGGGGUCGGACUCGAACCCGCCUAAGAGACAAGAGCUCGAGAAACCGGCACCGGCAGCUGAGCCGGUCAGGGCCGUCCCUCAACCGCAGGCGCAAGCACAAGACGAGGACGAAGACGACGAUGACAGUGACGUCAGUGUGCAUCUGAACAUGGAUCUAGAAGACGACGAGGAUGAAGACGGUGACGAGUAG